CCCCAGGACCAUCCCAGGACCAGAGCACAGGAUUCCCAGGCGACACAAAUCUCCAGCGCCCUCCGUCUGGAAAUCAACCAGCCAUCACGCAGCACCGCCCCCAUGCGGUCAACGACCUUCUGAGCAUUGCACACAUCUCAACAUCAAACACCCGACACCACAUCGAUAUUGCAUCGCUAUCUAUAAUUCCAGCGAGCGAUAUAUAUCCCGGAGCAGAUCGUUCACCGCAGAGGCUGAACGCUGGGUCGAAGCCUGAAAAAGUUGGAUUUGAAAGAAGCAAACACAACAUUGGAACUUCAUGGAGCGGUAAUAACCACGACGAAUCAUUUUUUCAGUGACUGGAUAUCAUUGCCAAUUGUCAGCAUCAUUACGACCAUACGUUACCAGUAAUUUUAAUAUACCAUCGCAGCCAUGAGUACACCAGCGAACGAUGGUCCGGCGGAGAAGAAGGAGAAGGGAGUAAACAAGUUGUUGACGAGGAUGAAGACUGUAUUGAAGAGAGGUGAUGGCUCCAAGAGGUUGUCAUUCUCUGGCAGGUCGAAGUCUGUUUCUGGCCCAAGCGAACCAAUAUCUGAACCCGUCAUUGCUGAGCCUGCGGUCAAAGUCGCCGAAGAACCAAAGAAAAUGAUGCGUUCAGAGAUUGAAGCAGAGCGGAACAAGAAGCUGGCUGAACGAUUCGCCAUUACCAUCGAGCCACUCUCGACCAAAGCAGACAAGGAGGUACAGCGCAUCGAGAAGUCCGUACGAAUGCGUAUUCAUAGGACCUGUCAUAAGUGCCAGACGACAUAUGGAGGAAGCAAGACUUGCGUUGAAUGUGGUCAUGUAAGAUGCACAAAGUGUCCACGAUACCCGAUCAAGAAGCCAGAGGGCAAGGGCAAGUCGAAGGACGUGGUUGCACCCAAGGGUGAUAUCAUAGAAGCAGAGCCCUGGUUCGGAUUGACCAAGGACCCCCCAUUGACCAUGCCCAACCCCAAGCCAAACGGCCAGCCUCUGGUUCGGAAGGUACCACGGCAGAGAGUCCGUCGAACCUGCUGUAAGUGCGAGAGCCUCUACGUAACAGGCUCAAAGACCUGUGCAUCCUGCAGCCACGCCCGCUGCACCGACUGUCCACGAGAUCCUGCGAAGAAGAAGAAAUUCCCCGACGGCUACCCCGGCGACGUCUACUCGGACGACACCUCCAAGCCGGUGAAGUACGCUUGCCACAGGUGCAGCAAGGUCUUCCCACCCAUCCCGCACCCAGACUCGGAAGAAGGGAAGUCAGCUCCUAGUGCAGCGCCACCUGAGUGCGUACGCUGCAAGCAUCUAAUGUGCGAGUCUUGUCCUCGAGCGGCGCCAGCGAAGGUCGAGCCUGCACCUGACCCUGACGUAUUGGCGAGUGUGACGGCGAAGCUUGCUGCGUUGAAUGUGUAACAUGCAGUCACCUCAAGCUCGGUGACGUUGGGUUGAUUGGGACGAGGACUGGCAAAGAGGAUGAAAAGGGGUGACGAGCAACAGUCUGGCAGGCAAUGAUGCGG